AUGAGAUUUAUCCGAUCUAAGACACCUGAGCUGGCUGGAGGGCCAGGACCGCUAAGGGCUUCCCUGGUUCUAAUAUCGGGUCUCAUUUCCCUUCGGCAAGAAGACACCUCCCUGCUCCCUGGGGGCGGGGGCGGGGUAAGUAGGAAGGGGCGCGGCGAGGACGGGCGGGACGGGGGAGAGCCCAGCAAGGCGCUCGCCCCGCGCCCAACAGCCCCGCACCUCCCGGGGCUGGCCCGGAGCUCAGCGAGGAGCCUGGCCGCGCGGUCCCUCCGCCUCGCGGGCCACCUCUUCCGCCCCGCCGCAGCUGAGAAAAGCCCCCAGCGCCUCCCGGCUUCCCACCCGCGUCCCGGCCCGCGCCGCGCAGCCUCGAACGGCGCCACAUGGCGCCCGGGCUCGCGCCUCCCUCCUCGCCCGGGACUCACAGCGCCGCGGCUGCCGGGCCUGACCUCGCUCCCGCCUCGCAGACUCUCCCCCGGCUGGGUGGCCGCCGGCCCGCCCACGAUCCCUAUGGGAACCGGCCUCCGCCCCGGGCUGCCCUGUGCGGGACCGCCGCGCCCCGGCUUCCCUCCCGGAGCGGCCACGGUCUUGGCCACGGCGGAGGGCCCGCGUGGACGGCCCUUGCCGCGCUGGAGGAGCUGUUCUGAACGUGGGCAGGGGUCCCUGCUAGUUCCUCAGCCGGGGAGAGAAGGCCUUCAGAUUGCAAACUCCAGCAGGUUGUGGAGAAAGCAGCUCUGGCAAAGUCGGCUGGGAAGACGCCUGCGCCAGGAGACCCCCCCCCCCAGCCCCACCCCCACGCGGCCUGUACCUCGCUGCGUUGUAACUGAUUACUCGCCGGUAUUCUUUACCAGACUGUAAACGCCUUGAAGGCAGUUUCUACCUCAAUGCGGUAGCCGCCAGAAAGGAAUGAAUGGAAAAAAGGGAGAGAGGAAAAGAGGAAGAGGGCGGUAAGAUGAGUAAAACUGGUUAAAGUCAGAAAUUACCCCCAACUAGCUUGGGUGGAGGAGUGGGGGCAGAGGGGAUAUGGUCCUUGACCGCUGACUUCCACUGUAGCUGAGACUUAUAAUGUGAGAAAUAGAGGCUUACGGAGCCUGCCUUGUUUUCUGUUCCACAUUUCCAUCCUUCUCCCAACUGGCUUCUAUUUGUCAGGUCUGAGCACAAUGGUGGAAAGUUAAUGGACCUGGGGAAAUCUUAAAAUAAGGUGCCAUGUUGUGAGAUGCCCUAUGGCAAGGAAUUGAGGAAGCCAACAGCCAAGAAGACUCAAUCCAGUAUUCUGUGAAAAAUUGAGUCCUGCCAACAACCUUGUGUGUGAGCUUGGAAGUGGAUCUCCCUACCACCAUCUCUGUUUCCUAUCAUCUGACCUGAUGUUCCCAGUAAGAGAAUGAACUCUGGAGCCAGACUGCCUGGGAUCAAAUCCAGCUCUGCUAUGAACCAUCUGUGA